AUGGAAUCAUUCAAACCACUUCUCCCGCCCCAUAUCAUCGCUCGCAAUGUCCCGGACUCCGACAAUGAUCCACUUCCUCUACCCCGGAAACCCUUUGUUAUUUCUCCCGCUAUUCGUGAUGACAUGGCUCUUUCCAGCUGGCUCCUGCUAGGCGGCUUGCUCCAAGGUCUCAGUUGGCUCGCCCUCGGCCCUCUGUCGAUUCUCCCAACGCUUCUCAUCCUGCUCUACCGUGUAGUCGACCACCUCCUCAUGGCCGCCCACAUCACCCGCAACCGCUACAUGGACGGCGUCGUGUCACACAAAUACACAAACCAAUUCCCCAAUCCAGACGGGAGCUUUGGCUCCACCGCAGCCGACAAACAGAUUGUCGUCUUCCUGCUCGGCGCCCGGUCCAACCACCCCCUCGGCUCGCUCGCCCCCGGCAUGAAAUUCCUCUCCGACAGCGUCAUAGCCAUGAUGCGAGAGCUGCAGGCCGACCCAGAGUCGGCUGGCCUGCUGGGGACGACGCGCUGGCUCAAUCAGGAAGCCCCGGCAGGCAAUGAGACUAUGACGGUGAUGUAUUGGCGUGACCAUGAGAGCCUACAACGGUUUGCGCAUGGGUCACUGCACACAAGCGUCAUGCGUGACUGGGUCGCAGUUGAGAAGAAGAAUCCGCACCUGGCAAUCUUCCACGAGACGUACGUCGUGCCCCGCGGCAACUGGGAAUCUAUCUAUGUAAACAGCAAGCCGGUGGGUUUGGGAGAUACGUGGUUUCCAACACGGGGGAAGAACGAGGAGGGCGUCUGGAAGGGGUUCAGUCGGCCGAUCGUAAAUGCAAGAGUUGGUCCGUUGCGAUCGGCUAUGGGCCGGUUAGGGUCUACCCAGAAGGCUCAUAUAUAG